CCCAGGAAGAUUGAAGUUCCCAAGGAAUGCUGUGAGCAAUGGUCAUGUGACCCUAAAGAAGAUGACACUGGAGGCUUUACAAUGGCAGCAUUCAGACAGGAAGCUACCUUGGGGAUUGAAGCAUCUGACUCAAGUUCUAACUGCAUCGAGCAGACAACAGAAUGGAGUGCGUGUUCUACCAGUUGUGGAAUGGGUGCCUCCACCAGAGUCACUAACAAGAACCCAAUGUGCGAGAUGGUGAAAGAGAUCAGGCUAUGUGAAGUGCGGCCCUGUGAAAAGAGUCAACUACCUGAUAAGGGGAAGAAAUGUCUCCGAACUAUAAAGGCUCGCACAGCUGUCCAUCUGGAGUACAAGAAUUGCACCAGCAUCCAGAUGUAUAAACCCCGUUACUGUGGCAUCUGCAACGAUGGACGGUGCUGCACUCCACACACAACGAGAACAAUCCAGGUGGAAUUCCGUUGUCCUGAAGGCAACCCUAUCGAGCAUCCUGUGAUGUCCAUCGCUACGUGUGUGUGUCACAGCAACUGUCCUCAGAAUAGCAACACUUUUGUUCGAAAGCUCAGUUGAAUGAGCCACUCAAAAAUCAGACUAGUCUUGUAAUAUUUUAACAACAUUUAUCUUCUUUUUUGGGAGGGAGGCAAAAUCACAUGCUCUGCUUCCCCAUACAAUCUGUCCAUCAUUUGAUUUCUAGAUAACCCAGUUCGGUUCCUGUGGAAUUUUUUGAAUUCAUGCUUGCCUCAAACAAUGUUGCCUCAUUAAAAUACUGUCACUUGGGGGUAUGUAGCUUUUAUUUCUUAGCAGCUUCUCUUUUCUUGGCUACAUGUACUAGCAUGCCACAGGUCGUAUUUCUGCAUUGUUUUCCCUGGACCAGCUGUUUAAACUUGAUGAGCAAGA